GUAGAAGUCAAAAUGGCGCGUGGUUUGAAGUUAACGCGAAUUUAAAUGUUGCUGGAGUUUUGCGACAUAUGUAGGUGAUUUGAAGAUAAUUAUUAGGCAGUAAAAGGAUAUGGUGCCUUCAAAUUUCACUGAGUCUCUGCGCACGGAAGUUUCUAAAGUAAAAUGGUUUACCGAUGGGGUAAGUACUUUUGUAUUAUAAGCUUAUCAUCUUUCGCGUACACGGAUCUCUUUCAGAGUAGACGAGAUUUUGAGAUCGUGACGCAUUAAGAUCCACACAAGUGCAAAGAUGUCUAGGAGUGUGGAUUUCAUAUUUGUUUUUUCUUUAUUUUAAUCUGUGCAAUAGGCAGUGUUGACUGAAAUCAUCUUCUCCCACCCCCUCUCCCAUGCAACUGUCCGCUAUCCUCUUUCACUUUCACUUCUCCCCCACCCCCACCCCCACCCCCCCACUUCUUUACACACUAAAAUGAGGCCUCUCCUGAUUGACCGCCACCAAAAAUUCUCUCCUUACAUGAGAAGUGACCUACAUCUAUUAACUUCUUGUGCAGUACAUAGUGUGGACUGAAAUCUUUCACUCCCACCCCACCCCCUCCUUGGCAACCUGUGAUUGAGAGAAUAUUAUUGAGUAUUUCCCUAAUAUUACCGUAUUUACUCGAAUAAUUAAGCGCUGGGUGGCGCGGCUUUUAUUUGAAAGCUGGACAUGGCAAAGAAUUGUAUUAGCUAUAUUAUUUUCAGACUGACAGAAUUAACUUUUUUUUUGAUUUGGAUUAUGUCAACAUCGUAGCGCUUAUUCAGGGAUGGCGCUUAUUAAAUUUUUUCCCUCAAAUCACUCACUGCCCCCUUAUUUUGGUGCUUAUACGAAAGGAGGGCUUAACCAGGGGAGGUGCUUAUUCGAGUAAAUACAGUAACUUUAGAGACUGGCAAAUGUUAUCAAGUGUUAAAUCUUUAUUUCUUGACUGCUUCAGGAAUUCCGAUGGAGAACAAUUGCAGCUGUAGCAUGGAUGAUGAUUUUACUUCCAGUUACACUAUUUGUAUUUUCAGUAGCAGCUUCAGUUGACUUCUUUCACCCAAUUAUCUGGAUCACUGGUAUUCACCUAUUGUACAUAGAACUUCUUUAUGACCACCUAGCUAGUGUAUCUAGUUUGUUUGGAUAAAAUUAAUGUUAAGGUACGCCAACAAAGAAAUAACACUUGAACUUAAUUGCAGUGAUCGAAGAAAGUGCCGACUGAGAGGGCACUUAGCAUGAUAUAUAAGAUACAGUGCUAAAAGAGGAAAUACCACGUGGGGUAAACUACAGUGAUCUGCAGGCUCACAUGUUAAUGCUUGCCAACAUUGAGUUUAAUUUUAUGCUAAAAUAUCAUCAAAACCUUAGUCAUUCUCUUAACUCUUUUACUGCCAGAGUUUAGAGUUAUGCAGCAUAUUUCUAACUUUUAAGGUACCUAUCAUGUCCAGUUAGUUCAGUUGGUAAGGGACCAGAAUGUUGAUCAGGAGCAGCGUGCAAAGAAAGUAGUGUCUGAUAGCCCGGGGUUGGUGGGUUUUGCUAUCGCGCUAGUGAAUUCUGUUAUUAACUUGCCCGAUGGGCAAGUUAAUGGGCAAGUGAAGUUUUUUGAGGAACCCAAAUUACAGAGGAACUGUCCAAUCUGUUCAAAAGUUUUUUGGGGCAGUUGAAAUGAUGUUUGGGCCAGAAAUGUUGAUCAGGAGGAUGUGAGCUCAAGCCUGGCCAGACCACCAACCAGACUUUUUAGGUCACAGGGGCAAAGCUGGGUUUUUCCAAAGAGGGUUGGGGGGUCACAUUUUCAUGCCAACAUCCAUGCUGCAUUAAUGCUUAAAAACUAAGGCAGUUUUUCAGAUAAGCAGUGAGAGUGGACCAUUGGAAAUCAAAUUUUGAUCUGUAACAGCCACAUCCUUGGGUCAUGAUGGCUAUGUUUAGAGUUAGACCUUGACUUAGUUCAAAAUAAUGAUAUUGUGAUUUUUUGCAAAGGUAUAAAACCCUGGCCUUGCCUUUUACAUAUCUUUACUGCCUUUUCAAUAAGAAAAGGAUAUUAAAAAUAACCCUUGGCAUUAUUCCAAUAGGGUCUGAGAUCUACAGUGAAGACCCUGUCUUGUGGUCUACCUCUUAAAAAUAAAACUACCACAUACAUUUUUUUUACAGGUACUAUACAAACCUAAGUUUCUUUGUCUUUAAUGGAGCCUUUAUUUUUGCCUACAGAUUCCAUAACAGUGGUUUUCACUUUCUCUUUUUGGCUGUCUGUUUGUAUUUAUGGUGCUGUUAACGUAAUAAUGCUGUUGUCUUUUGCUAAAUUCAACACAGGUAUGUGUAUUAUGACUCGAAAAUUUAGCUUUACCUAGGGACCAUUUCUAUACCCUUGUAUUAAAAAAUUUAGCCUACUACCAAAGCAUUUUGCAACAAAUGCAGACUUGCAGACUGUCAGAUUUAACAAGUUUUGAAAAUGCUCUAAAUUCUGCAAUCUACACUUGUCGCACAGCACUAUAAAAUGGAUAUGUUGCUCAGUUUAGUCUUAUCCUUGGUUUAUUAUCAUUCUUAUUUGGUUUUCUGCAUAGUAAUCUACAUGAAAUAAUAAUGAUAGUAAUGGGGGUGAUUUAGAAGUAGCACAUCCACAAAGAAGGUGGCUCUUCGUGUACCAUUCCUGGUCAAAUUGGAAUUUGAAAAUGUUAGUUUAUGUGGAGAGGGGAAAACCAGAGUACCCAGAGAAAAACCUCUCAGAGCAAGGGAGAACUCAACCCACAUAUAAUGUCGACGCUGGGAUUUGAACGUGGGCCAUACUGGUCGGAGACGAGUGCUCUCACCCCUGCACUACUUUGCUCCUGAACAUGUAUGAAUAUGAGGAAAACCAAAAAAAAGAAACAUUUAUUAAAAAAAUUGAACAACAACAAUGUGCACACCUAUGUUUAAUUUCUCAAUUUAUAAUUUUUUUUGGUGUUGAUUAUUCUCCUCAAUAAUGUUUCCAGUGAAAGAUGUUAUUCAUCCAUCCCGUGUUGCAGCCAUCUUGUUUCCUCUUCAUCCUGCUCGAAUGCUUCACAUUUUGUUCUUUACAUUGGGAGGAAGUCUUUCAGCCUGGUGGUUUUUAGGAAUCAGGAAUGAAGAAGAUGGCUAUUUUACAAAAGUUAGCGAAAAGUAUGUGGAUUGAGCCAUGUUUGAACAAAAAAUAUUGCUGAAGUUCUUGAAUUACUAGAUUGUCUUGACUGUGUUGCAUGCCUCUCUUGUGUAGGUUUGGUUUUCAAUAAUUUUUCAAGCAAAUUCCCUGAAUAAAUUUGAAAAACAGUUUGCCAAGUUGUUUUGAGAUUAUUAUUUUCACCAUUUUUGACUGACAUUUUUCUCACAACAUCCCGUCCAUAGAGAAUAUGCUUGUAUUUAGUCUUUGAUGGUGGUUUUCAUACCAUAACUGAAGAUUGAAUUGGACUAUGUUGGAUUUUGUGCCAUUUUUUUCCCUAUGGCUCAAGGUUUCCAGGAAUUUUUAACGUGACCCUCAUUAGGUAAUUUAAAAAACAUAACCUAGUGGUUUUUUUUCUUAUAAUUAUUCUUUAUUUAUGCUAGAGAAAGUCAAAUUUUGUUUUAUUUGUAACAGAGUGGUUACAAAAACAACUUUUGAAUGAAGUGUGUUCCGUUUAUGGUUAUGUUUAAGGUGUAAACUACUUUGAAUCAACUUUGUUGGUAUUGUAUUUCUGAAAAAAAAAAGUGCUAAAGGGAAUUUAAGUCUAGCAGCUAUCAAUCAGCAACAAAAUUGUUGAGACAUUUUACUCAGUUAGGGUAACUUCAGAGAACAAAAUAAUCCACACCCCUCCCCCCUCCCCUCCAUUCAAAGUUGGGGUGUUUGUGUUUUCUACAGGUGGCUCGAACAGCAGCACAACAUUGUAUGGAGGGGUGGGGGAGGGAAAGCUAUAUUUUACCCUUUUGAAGUCGGUAAAACUUCAGAAAGGCCCAUUAGGGCAAAGUUUCUCAACUAAUUUUCUAUGCCGAUUGUACAGUGUUGUUUUAAUUAUCACUUUUGUAUUUCAUUGUAUGUAUGCCCUGUUAUUUGUGUCUGUAGGUCAGAGGUAUUUUGCCUGAAUGAACAUCUUGUGUUUGAUGUUCUCUUUGGCGCGUGGCUGGUAAGCAGUGAUUGAGAAGAUUUCUAUAAAAGAUUAAGUUUGCCCUCCCUAAUGCCUGUGCAUCCUACUCUACUGUAGUUACUGCCUGGUUAGCUGAGGUGGGAGAGCUCCAGUCUGCUGAGUUGGUAGCCAUGGGCUCAAACCCCGCCCGGACCAUCAACCAGGUUCUUAAAAAAACUGGUAAAAUCUAAAAUCAUGCUGGCUUUGAUUUACGAUUUUGUCUCAGUUCAGAUGAUCACAUGAUUGGGUGGUGAUAUUAAGCCGUUUGACUUGUACCCUUCAUCCUAUCUUAUCAAUAAUUUGGAAGGGGAUGUAUUAAAGCUAAAGCGCCACUUGCACAUCUCCCAUAACAACCUAGUCAUUUGCCCCCUAAAAUUUUGCAUAACCUUUGUUUUUUCAAUUCCCCUGGGUAUUACAGCCAUCCCAAGAGAAAUUGAAAACAAUGCUUAUGCAAAAUUUUGGGGGCAAGUAAGGUGCAUAUGGGAAGAUGCCAAGUGGCAUAUAAAAGCUUGUUAAACAAAGAGAGGAUUGGACAUUGGCAUCACUUGCACCCUUAUAGCUUAUUCCUUGUACCUGCUGAAUAGGCCAUUUGUGAUUUCCAAAAACCCUCACUUUCAAAAGCAGGCUAAGUGCAAAACUUUUCCAGUAAAAAUUACUUUAUUUGCUUUAGCCUGUGAAAACAUCCGUUUCUCCUCGCUCUUCGCCGCCGGGGACGUUUGCGCGAGGAGGAACGUCUGCAACUCGGCAGCAGAAAUUCCAUACUGAUGACGCAAACCAAUGCUUACAUAAUAAAUCCAGUAGUCAUGGGGUUCCAAAUACAAAUUUGUCCAAUUUUACGUGUCUUCUGGUCAAUUUUGGUAAAGUGUUGUGUUCACCUGCCAAUGAGCUCCAGUAAAACUCAAAUGGGUCUUCUAGAGGAGACUAUAUUCCACAAAUAUUGACUAUUUUUGUUAGGGAUUCUUUGCAUUUACAUUUGACCUUUGUGGCCUUUUGUCUUUUGUCUGUCAUUCGUAAACAAUAGCUAAAACAAUGUAACUACUCCGUCAACCAAUUAGCGCUUCUGACUGGAUUCCGGACAGAUUUUUCGUCAUCAGAAAAUUUCUUUCGCUUGCAUGAGAACAAAAAAAUCAUUUUCAUAUCAAUAGCUUCUUUAACCCUUUAAGCCCCAAUAUCCACAGACAAAUUCUCCAAACUCAUCUCUAUACAUUUCCAUAAAGAAUGAGUUGAGAGAAUUUGAUAAAAGAUCAAAGCAUUGUCUCUUAGGUGAUCAUUUUAUUAGUUCUCAUAACCUAGUCUCUUGACAAUGUAUGGAUAUCAGUGGGAGAAAAUUGAUGUUGGUCACUAUUGGGACUUAAAUGGUUAAUUAGUCUUGUUUUGAAACAGAGACUUGGGGCAACUCCCAAAUGACCCAUAGCUAUUGAAUGAACUGAGGUAUCAUGCAUUCUGUUUUUUUCAGGGUUUUUAUUCCAGUCUAAAUUACUUCAUGAAAAAAGAAUUUCAUGUUGUAUUUCCAAGAGUUCAGGUACGUUUAAGCUUUAAUGGUCAUUCAACACUGUCUUUUUCUACCUUGCAUCGUGAAAAUAUUUUUUAUUAAUGUAAUAAAUAAUGUUUUCUUGUGCCUUUGUUUUGUAAUAGCAACAGAAGUUUUUCCUGAUUAAGAUGUCAGUCAGUUCAUGUGUAAAGCAGAGUAUCUUUUCCUGCUUGAAGGUGUGGUCCAAAACCUCUCUAUGUUCUCUGUAAAUAUUUUCCCCACUUGAAAAACCAACCCUUCUGAUUUAUUCCUAAAUUAACUGCUAUCGCAAGAGUUGAUCUAAAGUUGCAUGCUAAUAUCAUGUUAUUCUUAGCUUAUAUUUAGAAUAUAACAGAAUUUAGAGACCCUCUGCAGCAAAACCUGUUCAGAGUGCUGGAGACCAUUUGUGUUUGAAGAUGCAUGUGUCAUAUUUUGUAGUUUGGUACUAGAACUUUUACUGAUUUUGAUUCUUUUUUGUAUUUUUUUUUACAUUCUUCAUGUGUCCAAUUUCAGGCAGGCAGGUGGUUUUACAUAUUGUAUUAUUUAUUCGGUAAGUUUCUAAAGAGUCUGGUUUGUCACCUGUUGAAUUCUUUUCUGUUAUAUAAGCGUCCUUAUAAAACCUUAAUUUUUUUAAAAAAAUGCUUAAUUCAUUUAAUCAUAGGCAACAUUCCUAGGGAUUCCUUGGCCAGUUUCCUUGGAACAUCUCUGGACAGGUAACACUGCUUUUCUUGCAAUUUUGUAGAGGUUUUAGGCCAGGGUUGGUUUAUAGCUUCAAGAUGUCAGGAUGUAAUAUAUCAAACAUGAGACUCACCAGAUGAAACACCGAGAAGAGAGUUGAAAAUAUGAUGCGCGGUGGAGUAUUUUAGAUGAACUUCAAGGUGUGUCAUCUGGUGAUUAAACACUUGGGUUGGUUUAUAAACAAAAAUUUUAGAAGGAGAAAUUAAGGAUCCAAAAUGAGCAAAUUUUCAUCUGAUUUCCAAACUCAACAAACCAAAAGUCAACCUCAACAUUUUAUUUCCCAAAAGACAUACCUUGCAUUUUUUUUAUUGUAGAUUUUGUUGAUGAGCAAAUCAACAAACCAAAGUCAACUUCAAUGUUUUAUCUCCCAAGAAGUCUUUGCCUUUUAUUUUUUAAAGAGUUUUUUUUUCAACAUUUCAGAGAUGCUCCACCACUCAACACAGUCUCUGGCCUUCUGGAUCUUUCCCUGUUUUGGCUUCUCCUGGUAACAGGAUCACUGAUAUUAUUUGUCUGGACAUUUGGAAAUAAACUUCUUGUCAUCUUUCACACACAGGUAAACUUAUUUCCAUUUCUGGUCCUGUUUACAGAUCGAUCAUUGAGUCCUAUUUUAAUUAUUGUAGCCUUGUUUUGGAUGGCGCAGGCAAGACACAAUCCAACAAUCUCCAACGUGUGCAAAAUAGGGCUGCUCGCAUCGUGACGGGCUUACCGUACGCGGUGUGAUUGACUCAAAGACUUGAACUUUGGGGUUGGUCAUCAUUAACCAAAAUGAGGAUGCAGCAAAAGGCUGUUAUGAUGUAUAGAGUAAUCUUGUUCAUGGCCUUGCUCCAUCCUAUUCAGCAGAUAUGUUUACUGAACAAGUGGGCUCCAAAAUCUAUGACCUUCGAAACUCCAAAUUUAAUUUAGAGAUUCCUACAGCCCGAACCUCAAUGUUCGGGAACAGUUUUGCAUUCACAGUUGCAUGGAUUUGGAAUGUACUUCCAGAACAUGUGAAAGAGCUACCAUCCAUUAGUGCAUUUCAAAAGAAAAUUAAGACUUUCAACUUUCAAGUCAAUUGACAACACUGUUGUAAAUACUUCUUCAUUAUAUUAUAAAUUAAUAAGACAAAGAUUUCUCCGUCUAACCAAAAAAGCAUCAUUGGCCAUCAAAGUCAAACGAAAAUGCAAUGUAAAAAAAUGAUCUUGGCUAUGUUUGUCAACCCUUUUCAUCUCUUCUUUAAAUGUUUAAAGAUUUUUUUUUGACCAUAUUGAUUUCUUUUGUUGUUGUCUAAUCUUUCUAUUUUAUUAAAUUAUCUUUCUGUUUCCAGCAUUACACAUUUCCGGUAGAGACAUCGUUUCAUUAUCAACAAGACCAGCGUCUUUCCAUGGUGAUGAAGAACAGAUCCAUUCCUUUGUUAAAGGUGAAAUGCAACUAAAAUAUUAUUGUUGUUACUUCAUUUCGCAGCAUUGUUUCCUUAGGCAAGGAACUUUACUCCACUUUGUCUCUCUUCACCCAGGUGUAUAAAUGGGUACCGGUAACAUAUUUCUAGCGGGUAACCCUGCAAUGGACUAGCAUCCCGUCCAGGGAGGAGUAGCAAUACUCAUUGUCAAGAACAGUCACACUCUUUUCACAAGGCAUUUUGUUAUGUGAUAUUUAGUCACGUUUUUUAAGAGGUUUUGUUUGUACAGUUCGUCAUUGAUUUCAAUUUGAUUGACACUUUUGUACCUUUAUCAAAUUUCCUGUAUAUGUUUUGGGUACAAGUGAAUUUUUGAGCAUUCUUUAGGUUCGUGUCGAUCAGUAUUGAAGCGAUUAAGUCGACAAUGCGAGUGGUUCUUUUUACGAGUUUAUAAAACUUGUAGGCAUGCUCCAUGCUAAGGAAACCGGGAUAAGCUCCAGCCGUGUCGGCCUUUGGCUUGUGUGUGCGUUAACCUACCCAUAUUAAUACUCUUUGGUGAAGAGAGACAUAUCGGAGAAAGGUCUCUUGGUGUCUAACAAGUAACUUGACAAUAAGGGUUGAAACUUGACCUACAGAUCCAAAGUUUGAGGUGUUAACCACUAUGCAGCCAUACCUCCACAUAUGAGCAUACUUACAAUGAACUUAAAGAGGUGAUAACAUUAAAGGUUUAAUUUAUUUCAACCUGAAUAACUGAAUCUGUAAUUUUUGUAUUUCAUUUUCAGUAUCUUGCUAUGUUUGACUUGUGUCACUUGUCACAGUUUAGCAGCACAAGAAGAAAACAGAUCUUCUCGCUUAGUCAACCAAGUGAGUUUAAAUUGCAUUUGACUGAAAUAAAAGUUGUUCAGUUCAGGGUGAUGCUGAACACUUUAGCUCAUAAAUGAUGUCAUUAAGUGCCAGAAAAGCAACAUAAGGGACAUAUUCUUGGAGGCUCUGCAGUUUAAGAAUAUACAGGAUCAUUGCUCUUAGCUAGAAUAAAGACAACAAAAAAUGAAAGCUACGGAGUACAGUAAUAAUAUUCUUUCCUGUAGUACUGUUUAUUAUGCUGUACAAGGUAGUUUUAACUUUUGAAUCUGUGGAUGAAAUCCUCAAGUGUAACCAUUCAAAUGAAAGCCACUGAGUAGUACUUACCUGUGGUACUAUUUAUUAUGCUGUACAAGGUAGUUUUAAGUUUUCAGUCUGUGGAUGAAAUCCUUAAGUGUGACCAUUUAAAUGAAAGAUACUGAGAAGUUCUUUCCUAUGGUAGUCUCACUUAAUUUUUCCUAUUUUUCAGUGUUUUAGAGCCUAAAAUGUAGAAUUUUUUUAUUGUCAGACUUGUUCAGUAGUAGGUAGGCUUGAGAUUUUAUUUUAAUUGUUUUAUACAGGUGGUCGACCAGCUAACUGGACAGAUAUUUCAACAGAAUGUCUCUUUCUCAUCGAGUCUCUAACCAACAAGCUGUUGUCAGAAGUUUCCCUUCAGGCACAACUCCAACAGCCUCCACUAGAUCCUAAAAUAUUUGGUUCAUCGCUUACAAAUGGGUAUGUUAAUGGCCAUGCUAACGGAAUUGCCAACGGAAAUACAGGUAAUAAUGGACUUGUUGACUUGCAUGACGACUCAAAUACGUGUAAAUAGAAGGGUCUUUAAAGCAUGUAAUGUAACACAACGUAACGUAACUUAAUAAUAUUCAGUAUAAGCCAAAAAAAUUAAUGAACAAUUGGCCAUUGUGAGGUUUUGUUUAAGACUAGAUCAGUGUCGUGUCGAAUUGCAUUAUGGGACUGUAUGCGGACGAAUAUUGACCCAGUUUCCUUUGCGGCUAUCAAUAAAAGAAGCGGUGACGCCGGCUCAAACUCAGUUGCUUCUCUUUACUCGCACUGUGAUUAAUGGGAAGGAUUUAGUGAGUUCGCGGUGCAUCAAGGGAAGGAAGGAAGAAAAAUGUGAAGUCACUUUUCUCCCUUCUUCCCAAGUUCCUUUACGCGCGUCAAUUUUCCUUUUCAUAUUCCUUUGCGAUAAGGAAUAUGGGCUCUCUGUGGGCUCUCUGAAUAAUAAAGCAAUUAAUGAAUUCGGCUUUCGUAGGAUAUGAAGAAUUGAGCAGAUCUCGGAGGGUGUUAUCCACCUCGGCCGUUAACACCCCACUUGAUCUGCUUAAUCCUUCAUAUCCUACUCAGCCUCUUUCAUUAAUUGCUAAUUAAUGUAUAGGAAAAUACUAGAGUUUUAACAAAAUCUUUUUUUUCUUUCCAGUACAAAGCCCUCGUCUUUACUCUAGUCCUUACGAAUCACCACUCACUGUAACGAGAAGACAACAAUCAUUAACCUCCCCAGGUUCAGUUCAACUUUGGUCAGAAACAGCUGGUAUGAAUUUGUUUUUCAAUAUUUUAAUAUUUUAACUGCGAGCAGAGGUUUCUUCCUGGAAUGGCUUUUAGCAUUUACGGAGUCGUUUGCAUUGCUUGUUAGUCGCGUAGUUGGUUUGUUUACAUCUCUCGGGGCAUGAACAAACCGACUGAAAAAAACUGACAAGCCACGCGAACGCCUUUCGUAAACGCUAAACGGCAUUCCAGAAAGAAACCUUUGCUUGCAAGGUAGCUGUUUUCUGGCUUGUAUCAUCUUCGUUAAACAAAAGGGAGUGUGGAGUGAGGAAAUUCAAACUGCGACGGAAAAAUUGACAAAAAAAAUAUAGUGCAAGGAAGAAACUUGUUAACGUAAAUUCUCUCCUAAGUAUCCCUUUCCAUCAAACACCCACUUAAGCGGAAGAACCGUUACGUCAUUACGCCCUGGCCUCUCUCCCUUCCCAACGUUUCCAUAACGAGCCCAAGUGGACAAAUGCGGUGCGGUAUUGAUUAAUCACCAGUGUAAAUUUCCACUUAUACAGAUCGAAAUGUUAUUGACUCAGAUCUCAAGACUCUCUACCAAAUCAGCGAGUUAGGGUCUGUUUCUUCUCAAUGUUUGUUACUGGUUAUGCCGGUGUUUCGCGGAUAAAUCAACUAGUAACAAUCGCCCCUCUAGUGACUCCUAGCCCAAGGAAAGGGAGAAAUCAGGCAUGCAAGAAUACGAAGGGCGUGCCCUUCUUAUUCUCGCCGAGCUGAUGAUCUUUUUUCCCACUCUCUUCUAAGUAGCUUCCUUUCAGGCUACUCCCCCUCCCCGCGCCGCCCUCACCCCCUCUAAUUUAUUUGCCCAGUUGAUCAUGCGGUUAAUUUUCCCCCAUCAUUCGAGUCUCUCUCUUAUCGCACUAUCCACCCCAUGUCGCCCAGGUAGUCGAGUAAGGUUUAUAAUAGUUUUAAUGCAUUUUCCUUGCAGAUAAUGUAUCGAAAAUGCCCUCGCCAAGGCCUCCAGAUAACACAAACGCUUUCAGCCGUCUUAGGAACGAGACAGUUGACAAGGUAAUAGGAGUUGAUCACUUGACUCGUCCCCAGUCUUCUGUCAGUCUUCUCGCGAUCCACAGAGAGAAGACGCCCUUGACGCGAUGGGCAACCUUUGCCAAGUAUAAAUAUACAAACAGAAAUAGACGAUUCAUCUUGAACACAUUGUUAUUACUUCGUUUAUGUAUUUUUUUUUUCUAACUUUUUUUAAAAUUUCCUUCUCAGGUGGAUAAUUUUGUUUGGAGAAUCAACCAGGUUCCUCACGACGUAGGUUUCUAUAAAUUUCUUUUCUAACCUAGGCAGAUGUUUGUGAAAAAUUAAGAAGCCAAGAAGUUCUCGUUUGACUCUUAUCUACAAUUCAUUUUGCUAAAUAAUGAUUCAUGAUCACUUAAUUUCUUGAUUCAUCCAGAUUGCAUGUAGUUUGAAGGAAAGACCAAUCAUUGGUUUCUUAUUUGAUGAGGUAAGGCUAUUCUUUGUCUUUUAAUGUGUGUCUUACUGAUGUAUCUUGAAAUUGUGAGUACCACAAGUGGUUCUUCGAAUGACUUUCAAGUGCCUCUGCGGCUUUUCUUUUAGAUUCCACAAUCAAGGACGAAAGCCAUUUUCUCUGACUGUCAGCUUCACAUAUGGGCAGUUGAAGGUAUAAAAUUGAAUAACAUGAAAGUAAACGAUACUGCUGAUUAUCUUACUCCGGUUGAACUAAAUCAGCUAGGGGGAAGGUAGACACCGACCGACUGAAGUUUAAAAGUUCAUCAUCUGCGCUUGAGAUCAAAGACAUUGUUCGACGAUCUUACGAAAGGUCCCGAUAAUGUCCGAAGAUCUCCGAGGGUGGUCCAAAGAUGUUUCAGUUACAGAUCAACAGCUUUUGGUUGUUCACCAUUUACCACAAAUUCUCGGAAAUUUCGGUUGGGGUGUAAAUGAUAAACGUUUUUUUGGUUCGACCCACUGGAAAAUUCCCGGGACAAACGGAAAUUCUGAAAAGGUAGUCCCGUUUUCCCGAUUGGGACUUUCCGAAUGGAAAUUCGUUUACCAUUUACAAGUUUCUUGAGUUUCGUACUGGUUUCAUGUUGUAACCAGAAUCCAGUCUAGCGCGGCGCGACAGCCCUGAAAUUUUAGGCAAAUGGCAAACGACACGUACCGUUCCUGCCGAACGAAAAUUCCCAACCAAAAUUCCUAAUUUUUUUUUCAAAAUGGUAAACAACCUUUAACUCAUCCUAGUGACUAAGAGUGCGUCAAUUUUAUUGAUGUAAGGAUUUGCCAGUGUCCGUAUUUCUUGUUUUGUAGCUCUCUCGAGACUUGUGGCAUCUUCGUAUACAGAAGACACAUUUGGUGUUGUACAGAAGGUAACUUUGUUUUUCUGUCCAGUUCUAAUAACGACCAGUGGACAAAAGGACUAAUGAACUAGCGAUGGUGGUGAAAGACAUUCGUGCGUUAAGGGACUCAUUCGAGCCCUGAUUGGAUGAAGGUUGGAUGAAGUGUUAUGGAAAUUUGCAUGGACCGAGAUUAAAAACUCUAGUGUUAAAAAAAUUUAAGUGAGAACAGUUUAAAACUUGGAAGGACUUGGACAGGGAGACAAUUUUCGUUUAUUCGAUUAAUAGUUUUUGAAUUCGCUUGGUAGUUUUUUUGUGAAUUUGAAUUCGGUCAAAUUGUAAAAUUCGUAGCUAAGAGUUUGUGUACAAUUCUUGAAUAUAGUUCAUUCUAGUGAACAACCAGGUUUUGCAUUCUUGCAAGUCUAUUUUACAGUUAUCAAAAAAACUAAACAGAAAAACAAAAGAAAUUACUGCUCAGUAGCUUUUCACUUGAUUGGGCAUUCUUGCAGAUUUGUCGCAGACUCGAGUGUCCAAAAACGAAAUUUGUUGAGUAAUAGCUAAACUGUUUCACCUUCUUUUCAGUUGCGUUUAUUAGAGAAGCUAACACAUUGAUUGAGCUUGGGGAAUUUUUAAUCCUGAGGUUCUUGCUAUUUCAGAGUCUCCCAGAUGUCUUUGUUUCUCUUGUGAGUUUGCUUCAGGUGGGAAAUGCUCGAAAACAUUUGUAAAAUUCUUUUUGUUUUCUUAUAUUUGAGCCGUUUUGCCAGAAAAUGGCCCUUACUUGUCUUGUUUUUUAUAUGUUUAUAUACAGGCAUUAGACAAACAUUCGAAGCUUUCAUUGGCUUUGACUUCAAAACCCGCAAUUCAGGCGAGACCUCCUCGACCACAGGGAAGAGACGGCCUUCGCUACCAGCUGCGAGCAAGUAAGUAAAAUCUCUAUUUUAGUAUAAUAGAAGAGGAAAAUUCUGAAAUUAUAGGAGAGUAUUUACAUGAAGGGCCCUAAUGGCGCACUUUAGAGUAAGAACAUUCAGCACUGACAAAAUUAAAAAACACUUUUCUGCAACGAAAAAUCCUCGUUUUUUUAAGACAUCCCGAGUCAACCCCGCUCGCGUUUAACGAACUUAGCUGAGGGUACAGUAAACAAAAAUGGCGGGAAAAUUGGCGGGUGUUCAUUCCCUGCCAUACAAAAGCAUGAUUAGUGGUUCUGAUUGGAUGAACAUUUUUUUCACACGCGAGAAACACCUUUCGCGCAUCUGAUUGGCUAAAUCUGAUUUCCAUACAUAGAGGAUAUUACAUAGCCCUGCGGAGAAGCGUAGAUAAGAAACUUCUUUUCGAGUGUUCGGGGGGACCGUUUUUUCUCAAUUAUUAAAACGUCUUUUUUUAAACUUUGCUCGGUAGACUCGUCUUUUGUUUGAAUUUGCUGUCUAUUGGGGCCUACUAUUUUUUAAGAAAGGUUUUCUUUCUGUGCUUUGAGAUCCGUGUAUGUCUGAGGUGUAUAUUUACAACUUCUAGUUUAAACCCGACCACAUACGGUAUGUUAUUAUGGUCUUUUAAAGAAAGAACCUUGUCGCAGUUUUAUUAAGAGAGAGAGGAAAAUUCCACUGAAAGUAUUUUCGGAGAGGAAUUUUAAAUGUGCUUUGUUUACACUUUGCAGCACUUGUGUCUUCGAUUUACAGAAUAACAAACAUUUUCCAUGAACAUCUGAGGUAAGUUGACUUACUUCAAACAGAGCUGUUUCUUUAAGGGCCGGUUAUUUAAACGAAGUUUAAACAUAGACUGCGGUUUGUAACAGUCAGUGGACACCCACAUGGGUCGUUACAUGAAGGCUUUUUCGGUUCAUCGUAAGCGAUGUUUAGGUGUUAUGGUUGGCCAAAUUAUAAAUGGCUUGGGGCGCGGUUUCGUUAAACACCAGCUAACCUUAGUUGUAAUAACCAGCCCUUAAAGUGUAAGGGACAGGGAGAAAGUAUCUUUCAUUGAUUUCAUUUCGACAAGAAAAACUUGAAAAUUGAUGAUAACAUCUUUCGUUUAACUUUGGGAUUUCAAAACUCUUGUGGAAAAAAAACAACUUUUCUCUCUCUCUUUCUCUUGAUAGGAGCAUUCAGAUGACUGCUGAAGUCGAAAAGAAACUUCAGUCAUUUCUGGAAUUCAGAGAAUAGGAGAAUUCAAGGAGAUUUUUGAGGCUUAAAUCUAAACAGAAACGUUGAGAUUACUUAUAAACAUAUGACACGGUGUGCCAUGUAACGUGUUGCUCCAACUGUACACGUUUUCACAGCAGCUGGUGGUUUUGUGAAGCCAGGUGAAAGAAAUUACACAGUCCAAUCACAGCAGAGGUAGAAAAUCCCACGAACUAAUCAGAACCUCAAUGGAAAAAAUUGUAGCGUUGCCGCUGUAUGUCCGUACAAAGAGACUGCCUGUCGUCUUUCAGUGCUUCGUUUAAAGACGAGGUUUGCACGCUUAAGAACGCGCAAUGAGGGUGGAAGAUUAGCUACAACUUAAGUAUUAGGUGGCGGUGUUGUUUUGAUUGCCUGAC